CUCUCUCACACACACAGUGUGUUUGCUGGGAAGGGAAUAUUUCAGGGGAAACUAGGACUUGCACAGUCCACCUGCCCGUGAAGGAAUUAUUUUCCUUUCUGGAAUUUCCAUUAAAGAGAUCUUGGAUCAAAAUCUUACCCCUCAUCAAAAGCUAGUGAUAUUUUUAUUGUCACUUGAUCUGCAUAAUAUAUUCCGGCCAUCAGCAUCACUUGUGAGCCAGAUCAACACUGAACAAGGAAACCAUGACCAGCAACUACAAUGUCACUCUCAUAGGUCCUGCCCCCUGGGGCUUCAGGCUGCAGGGAGGAAAAGACUUCAACAUGCCCCUCACCAUCUCGAGGCUGACGGAUGGCGGAAAGGCAGCGAAAGGUGGUAUUGCUGUUGGAGACAUGGUUCUUUCCAUUGAUGGCAUCUCCACGGACGGCAUGAACCACCUGGAGGCCCAGAACAAAAUCAAGAGCUGCACUGGCAACCUCAGCCUCACUCUGCAGAAGGCCCCCAGUGUUUCUAAACCUCCUCCUGUUGCACCAAAGGGCAACAGAUCAGACAUCAUAAAACCGGUAGCCAUUGCCCAUCCUCCUCUUCCACCCCAUCCUCAUGAUUAUUCAUUCAGCCACUCUGCUGUGUCCAACAACAAGGCCCCCAGACCUUACGGGGACUGCAAAUCAGAGAGUGAACACCCUCCUUUACAGUCCCCUUUUGCCACUUCCAUCCCCUCUCCGUCCUCUGCCUUUACACCUGCAUCCUUCCAUACUAGUCCUCGUCCUCCUUCUCUUUCUCCACCUCCUGUCUCUUAUCCAUCCUCUGCCUCCUCCUCCCCCCCUGUCCUCGUCCCGCCUCAGCCUUCGGUGUAUAACACACCAAUCAACCUGUACUCCACUGAGAAUGCGUGUGAGGUGGCCAUGGGGCAGAGGCGGGGCCUGUUGGAGAGUCAGGGUGGAGCCUUACCACUGCAGUUUAAUGGAGUACCUAGGAAACAUGUUGUGGAUACAGACAUCCAUUUUUACCAUGUUCCCAGUCACGCUGAUGCCAGCAGAAAGCGCAUAAUGGAGGACACCGAGGACUGGCGCCCACGUACUGGCACCACCCAAUCCAGAUCUUUCAGGAUUCUGGCUCAGAUCACUGGCACUGAGAAUGUUCAAAAUGAAGAAGCUGACACAGCCAAGAAGACAAAUGAGGAAUAUGUGGAACCCGAACUCAACAGCCAUGAGUCUGCAGUUGUUAAGACUAUGAUCAAAGGACCUGCAACAACCUAUGGUCCACAGACUGGUUUGAUUACCCCAUCUUUUGGUAUGAAGGGUAACGGCAGUGCCAGUGUCCCACGGGGUCCUGCUCCGGCCCGACCUGUUCCUCAGCCCCACCCUAAAGAUGAGGACACCCUGGUACAGAUGGCAGAACAUAUUCCUGCUGGCACUCGUACGCCAAUGUGUGCCCACUGCAACAUGGUGAUCAGAGGACCUUUUUUGGUAGCAAUGGGGAAAUCAUGGCAUAAGGAAGAAUUUAACUGUGCACACUGCCGAACAUCCCUGGCAGAUAUAGGCUUUGUUGAAGAACGGGGAUCGGUCUACUGUGAACACUGCUAUGAAGACUUCUUUGCUCCAACAUGCAGCCGCUGCCAGUCUAAGAUACUAGGGGAGGUGAUAAAUGCCCUCAAGCAGACUUGGCAUGUCUACUGCUUUCUGUGUGCUUACUGUCAGCAACCAAUCAGAAACAACACCUUCCACCUGGAGGAUGGAGAACCAUACUGUGAACCGGACUUUUACAGCUUGUUUGGGACUGGCUGUCAUGGCUGUGAGUUUCCCAUCGAGGCUGGAGACAAAUUCCUGGAAGCCCUUGGUUACACCUGGCAUGAUACCUGCUUUGUAUGUGCUGUGUGCUGUACAACACUGGAAGGCCAGACCUUCUUCUCCAAAAAGGACAAACCUCUUUGCAAGAAACAUGCUCACACACUGAAGAUAUGAAGCCUAAACUAUUCACUUGGCCACAUGUUGUCUCACGGAGGGUUGGGGACACCUUUUAUGAUGACAGUAGUAGUCAUUAUUGUAGUGGUGCUAUCUCUUAGCACAAAAAGCAAUAAAGCUUAAGGAUCUUAGUUUUGACCACAUUUCAACCAAAUAUAACUGAUCUUUGUAAACUAAAUGUUAUGUUGUCAAUCAUCCCCAAAUAGCAAGGUUUUACUGCCAACUGAUACAUUUUAUGUACCAUAAUGCCAUUUUUAUUUCCUCACACAUAGGACUGUGACUUUAUCAUUUACUUUGUUCUUCUGAUUUUUGUCUUGAGUGGUGAGAUCAUCACACUUUCUGUUUUUAUUAUUAAGCUUGCACAGUGCUCAUUAUCUUUAGACACCACCAGAAAUGUUUGAUAAUUUUAAGUAUUCAAGGAUGCUGGCAAGUUUUUAUUGUUAGUUAUGAUAUUUGUUAGUGUUUGUGUAGUUGUAAUCAAUUUUAUUAAUCUGGCUAAAACCUAUAAAGACUUAAAGAUGAAACUGUAGAACGUCCUGUGUUACACUUCGUUUUAUUUUGUUUUUUGCAUUACAGUUUCACAAGCAACUAUUAUAAAAAAAAUUCCCAGUAUAUGCAUUAAAAUACUGCAGGAUAUGCUUGUGUUAGUUACUUUAUACAGUUCAUUUGUGAAUGUCUGAGUUGUAAUUAAAGCUGCUGCCUUUGAUUUAAUCAGUUAUUUGAAUGUUGUAAUUUAAGGAAAUUUGAUUUCAUUUUCUAUUUGUUGAGUGAAGCUGGCUACGACAUUAAGGCACUUGAGCAAACCUGAACACCAAAAACGAUCAAAUGUUUUUCAUAGAUACUUUCACCAGCUUUUAUUAGUUUCCUCUUGCUAGUUUGCUAGUACAGGGUUGGACCCCUUUUGCCUUUAGAACUGCCUUAAUUCUUCAUUGCAUUGAUUCAACAAGUUGCUGGAAACAUAAAUCUGAGAUUUCGGUCCAUAUUGACAUGACAACAUCCGACAGUUGCAGAUUUGUCGACUGCACAUCCAUACUGGGCUGUUGCCCAUCUGCUUCAAGGUUUGACAUGUUGCAAGUUCAGAGAUGCUCUCAAGUCACUUAAAUCAACUUUCAUCCCCAUUCUGAUCUUCAGCAAGUUACCUUGACUAUUUCUAGCAUCUUAAUGUAUGAUGAAACAUUUGCAUUAACAAGCAGUUAAAAAUUAAAGUGAAUAUUUAAGUGUCUGGUGAAUGUA